UACUUCCUCUCAUGAGCACACUAGAAUCACAACUAACUGCAGAACAACCAUUGAUGAAAAAGACUGGAACCUACCAGAAAAGAUCUUCUACAGUUAAUGACAUAAAGAACCACAAUGAAAUGGUAAAAGUGGCGCACAUGCAAUAUAAUCAGAUCCCAUACCCCCACCCCCAGUGGGUGACCCACAGACUGGAGAAUAAUUACAUUGUAGAAGUUCUCCCACAGGAGUGAGAGUUCUGAGCCCCACGUCAGGCUGCCCAGCCCAGGAGUGCAGCACCAGGAAGAGGAGCCCCCAGAGCAUUUGACUUUGAAAGCUAGCAGGGCUUUAUUGCAGGACGUCCACAGGACUGAGGGAAAUAGAGACUUCACUCUUAAGGGACACACACAAAAUCUCAAGCACUUGGGGACCAAGGGCAAAAGCAGUAAUUUCAUAGGAGCUUGAGCCAGACCUACCUGCUGGUCUUGGAGAGUCUCCUGGGGAGGCAUGGGAUGGCUGUGGCUCAACCUGGGGACACAGACACAGACUGAUGGUGGACAUAGUGAGGAGUAUUCAUUUGCAUGCACUCUCCUGGAGGCUGACAUCUUGGGUCAUUAGUACCAAGACCUGGCUCCCCUCAACAGCCUGUAGGCUCCAGUGCUGGGAUGCCUCAGGCCAGACAACUAAUUGGGUGGGGACACAACUCUACACAUCAGCGGAUAGGCUACCUAAAGACUUCCUGAGCCAACAGCCACCUCUAGACACAGCCCUACCCUCAAAGAGCCAAGACCUAGCUCCACCCACCAGUGGGCAGACAUUGGCCCCUCCUGCCAGGAAGCUUGCAUAGGGCCUCUAGAUCAGCCUCACCCACCAGGGGAAGACACCAGAAGCAGGAAAACUAUGAUCCCACACCCUGCAGAAUGAAUCCACAAAUGCAAGCCAGUCCCUACCCUGGGACAGCUGGCCCCUGAUCCUUUGGUGAUGAGCAGAGAAUGCAUGGCUGGGAUGCAUAGGAUGCCUCCUACAGAGGGCCACUUCUCCAGGGUUGAGAAAUGUAACUAACCUACCACAUACAUAAAAAUACAAAUAAUAAUUUAAACAAAAUGAGGUGGCAGAGGAAUGUGUUCCAGACGAAGGAACAAGGUAAAAUCCCAGAAGAAGAGCUAAAUGACGGGGAGAUACACAAUCUUCCUAAGAAAGAGUUCAGAGUAAUGAUCAUAAAGGUGAUCAAAGAACUCAGGAGGAGAAUGGAUGCACAGAGCGAGAAGUUAGAAGUUUUUAACAGAGAAUUAGAAAAUAUAAGGAACAGCCAAAGCUGAAGAAUAUAGUACCCAAAAUGAAGAAUAUACUAGAAGGAAUAAAUAGUAGACUAAAGGAUAUGAAGAGCAGAUCAGUGAGUUGGAAGACAGAGUAGUGGAAAUCAGUACGCAGAGCAGAAAAAGGAAUGAAGAGAUAUGAGGACCGUUUAAGAGACUUAUAGGGCACAUCAAGUGCACUAAUAUUCGCAUUAUAGGGGUCCCAGAAGGAGAAGAGAGAAAGGGCCUGAGAAAUUAUUUGAAGAAAUAAUGGCUGAAAACUUCCCUAACCUGGGAAAGGAAACAGUCACCCAAGUCUGGGAAGCACAGAGUCCCAUACAGCAUUAACUCAAAGAGUAGCACACCAAGACACAUUGUAAUCAGAAUGACAAAAAUCAAAAAGAAUAUUAAAAGCAACAAGGGAAAAGCAGCAAGGAACAUACAAGGGAACUCCCAUAAGACUAUCAGCUGAUUUUUCAGCAGAAACUCUGCAGGCCAGAAGAGAGUGGCACAAUAUAUUUAAAAUGAUGAAAGAGAAAAACCUACAGUCAAGAACAAUACUCUACCCAGCAAAGCUCUCAUUCAGAUUUGCUAAAGAAAUCAAAAGCUUUACAGACAAGCAAAACUUAAAGAAUUCAGCACCACCAAACCAGCUUUACAACAAAUGCUAAAGGAACUUUUCCAGGCAGAAACAAAAAGGCCACAACUAGAAACAAGAAAAUUAUGAAAUGGAAAAGCUCACCAGUGAAGGCAACCAACCAUACAGUAAAGACCAGAAACUAGAGAGCAGUAUCCAAAUAAAUUUAUCCAACGAGAUGACACUGAAAGAUUUUACAUUCUGAACACACUAUUCAACCUACCAGAGACCUACCUGUUGGCCUGCCUAGUAGAUUUUUUUACUAAUUGUCCCAGAUAUACCAGCUGUGAAACAGGAUUUAAAGAUGGAGACCUCUUCAUGUCUUACCGGAGUAUGUUCCAGGAUGUAAGAGAUGCAGUUGACUGGGUUCAUUACAAGGGUUCCCUUAAGGAAAAGACAGUUGAAAAUCUUGAGAAGUAUGUAGUCAAAGAUGGAAAACUGCCUUUGCUUCUGAGCCGGAUGAAAGAAGUAGGGAAGGUAUUUCUUGCCACCAACAGUGACUAUAAAUAUACAGAUAAAAUUAUGACUUACCUGUUUGAUUUCCCACAUGGCCCCAAGCCUGGGAGCUCCCAUCGACCAUGGCAGUCCUACUUUGACCUGAUCUUGGUGGAUGCACGGAAACCACUCUUUUUUGGAGAAGGCACCGUACUGCGUCAGGUGGAUACUAAAACUGGCAAGCUGAAAAUUGGUACCUACACGGGCCCCUUACAGCAUGGCAUCGUCUACUCAGGGGGCUCAUCUGAUACAAUCUGUGAUCUGUUGGGAGCCAAAGGCAAAGACAUUUUAUAUAUUGGAGAUCACAUUUUUGGGGACAUUUUAAAAUCAAAGAAACGGCAAGGGUGGCGAACUUUCUUGGUGAUUCCUGAGCUCGCACAGGAGCUGCAUGUCUGGACUGAUAAGAGUUCACUUUUUGAAGAGCUUCAGAGCUUGGAUAUUUUCUUGGCUGAACUCUACAAGCACCUUGACAGCAGCAGCAAUGAGCGCCCAGACAUUAGCUCCAUCCAGAGACGUAUCAAGAAAGUAACUCAUGACAUGGACAUGUGCUACGGGAUGAUGGGAAGUCUGUUUCGCAGUGGCUCUCGGCAGACCCUCUUCGCCAGUCAGGUGAUGCGUUAUGCUGAUCUCUAUGCAGCAUCUUUCAUCAAUCUGCUGUAUUACCCAUUCAGCUACCUCUUCAGAGCUGCCCACGUCCUGAUGCCUCAUGAAUCAACAGUAGAACACACACACGUAGAUAUAAAUGAGAUGGAGUCCCCCCUUGCCACCCGGAACCGCACAUCAGUGGAUUUCAAAGAUACCGACUACAAGCGGCACCAGUUGACACGGUCAAUUAGUGAGAUUAAACCCCCUAACCUCUUCCCACUGGCCCCCCAGGAAAUUACACACUGCCAUGAUGAAGAUGAUGAUGAGGAGGAGGAGGAGGAAGAGGAAGAGGAAGAAUAAGGAGGAAAACCAAAACUCUGAGCACCCACUAAACAAGUUCUGGCAGGACUCACAAGAGGAAAAGCUGUCCCUGUGUGGGUUCUAGGUGGGGGUGGGGGGCUUCAUCAGAGGUACAUUUGGCAAGUUUCUGAAGACUUUAAAAUAUUCUAAUGAUAAGGAGAUACUUGUUUUAGUUGUGUGUCUGCACUCUGCAGAUGGCUCACAAUUGUAAUGGAAUCUGUACUGGAGGAAAGUCAUGGUAAAGCUGGGCUGAACUGCAUGCAGCUGCUCCAUCGUGGCUUGUAACACUGUUUCCUUGUCUUGUUUCAGCAUCAGUAUGUCAGUGCAUCCAGUACACUAAGGGUGGUGCAGGGUCUCAGAGUGGAGCAAGGAGGACAAUGGGAAGAGCUGAUCCAAAAAUGUUAAUGGUACAAAUUGGGCUCUUACUCCAAAUCCAUCUUUUUCAAUACAUUACCUAAGUAUUAUGUGUCAAUGAAGAAAUAUCAAAUGUAGGCUUCUGUUCAGGUCAGGAUUCCUUUUACAAGCUUUCAAGUGUCCUCAGUGACUCUGGUAAGGCUGCUGUCAGUGGCUUUGCAGAAGUGUUCUCUACUUGCUGUAUGGCCAGUCUGGAAUGAACUACAGUGAUUUCAUUUUGAGGCAGAAGUCUCCAUCCCUUUCUACAUUUUUUUGAUUGAUAGCAAAAAUGCUUAUGAUCCAAAAACAGUCUUUUUCUCAUCUCAGAUAAGUCUAUAGAAUUUAGCUGAAUGAGGACAAAAGAGCAGGCUGCCCCAAAAGAACCUCCUUCUUGUAUUACAGCAUAACUGAGUAAAAUUCACUAGUGUGGGUUGUACAGCAUAGCCCAUGUCACCCAUUCCAGCCUUCUUGAUCCUCAUGCUGUAUUUCAAAUUAGAGUGUGGGAAGAGGGCUCUGUAAGCCAGAACUUUACUAAAGCAGAGGGCACAAUAAGUUCACUUCAGAAUCCCAAGUGAAAUCACUUCUUGUUGUUUUGAACAAGAAUGGAUCAUUACUGUAAACUUUAAGGAAUUAUAACUGCCUCACACUAGAACAGUGAAAGUUGUUACAACAUUUUUCACAGUGGUGUAGAUUCUUACCUUAACCUUCAUGUUUCUUCUGUUCUUACUGUCAUUUGUCAACACGGGAAGAUAGAUUAGAUGCUCUAGAAUUCAAUAAAGUAUAAUAUUUCUAA